GGUAGACUGUGAUAAAUCCAGAACACAAUGUACAGAAUGGAUGUACAGGCAUACGCCGCCUGACUCACUCAGAGUCAUCCACAAGCUCUGACACUCCAAAGCAACAACUUUUUUCCCGCGACAGCUGAAUUCCUGGACGUGAAUACGGACAGUAAACCCGGAGUUAGGAGCUAUUUAUUAGUCGUCUGGAUGCUACAAUGCUAGCCAGCUUUUUAGCAGCUUGAGUAGCCUCUGCGGAGGUCAAACAGGCUCUGCAGGACAUGAAAGAUGGGGUGGUUGCGUAGAAACCUAGCUUAGUCACGAAGCUAAAUUUAACUUUCUUUUAUCAUAUUUAACGGUGAGAUAAAAAAAAAAUGCUGAAGCCUUAGGAGUCUACGGAAAACACUUUGCGCAGUUAUCCGUGAGGAUGAGGAGCCGCAGUAAUUCAGGAGUGAGGCUGGACGGAUAUGCCAGGCUGGUCCAGGAGACUAUCCUGUGUCAUCAGAACCCAGUGACUGGACUUCUCCCUGCCAGCAUCCAGAAGAAGGAUGCCUGGGUGAGGGAUAACGUGUACAGCGUCCUGGCUGUGUGGGGGCUGGGCAUGGCUUAUCGCAAGAACGCCGACCGCGAUGAAGACAAAGCCAAGGCCUACGAACUGGAGCAGAGUGUGGUGAAGCUGAUGCAGGGCCUGCUGCAGUGCAUGACGAGACAGGUGGACAAGGUGGAGAAAUUUAAACACACCCAGAGUACAAAGGAUUGCUUGCAUGCCAAAUACAACACAGCCACCUGCAGCACAGUGGUCAGGGACGACCAGUGGGGCCAUCUGCAGGUGGACGCCACCUCCAUUUACCUGCUAAUGCUGGCGCAGAUGACAGCCUCAGGUCUCCAAAUAAUCUCCAACCUUGAUGAAGUAGCUUUUAUCCAGAACUUAGUUUUCUACAUUGAGGCAGCUUACAAAGUGGCGGAUUAUGGGAUGUGGGAGCGAGGUGAUAAGACCAACCAGGGCAUCCCCGAGCUCAACGGCAGCUCUGUAGGAAUGGCCAAGGCAGCUCUGGAGGCCAUCGACGAGCUGGAUCUGUUCGGGGCUCACGGAGGGCCGAAGUCGGUCAUUCACGUUCUACCAGACGAGGUGGAGCACUGUCAGGCCAUCCUCUGCUCCAUGCUACCAAGAGCCUCAACUUCCAAGGAGAUAGAUGCCGGCCUUCUGUCCGUUAUUUCAUUCCCUGCUUUUGCCGUGGAGGAUGCCGACCUGGUGGCCAUCACCAAGUCGGAAAUCAUCAGCAAGCUGCAGGGUCGCUAUGGCUGCUGCCGCUUCAUCAGGGAUGGAUAUCACUGUCCUAAAGAGGAUCCAUCUCGGCUGCACUACGAUCCUGCAGAGCUCAAGCUGUUUGAGAACAUCGAAUGUGAGUGGCCGGUGUUCUGGACGUAUCUCAUCCUCGACGGCAUCUUUACUGGAGAUCACGUGCAGGUGCAGGAGUACCGGGAGGCCCUGGAAGGCGUUUUAAUCAGAGGGAAAAAUGGCAUCAAACUCCUGCCUGAACUUUACGCUGUACCACUUGAUAAGGUGGAGGAGGAAUACGGCAAUCCUCACUCUGUGGACAGGAUGGCCAUGGGACAGCUUCCACACAUGUGGGGACAAUCCCUCUACAUUGUGGGAUGUCUUCUGGCUGAGGGCUUUCUUGCACCAGGAGAGAUAGACCCUCUCAACAGGAGAUUCUCUACAAACUUCAAACCUGACGUUGUGGUACAAGUCUGUGUGCUAGCAGAGUCAGAGAAGAUCAAGGAGUUGCUAAGAGAUGCCGGCGUUACGGUGCAGACCAUAUCAGAGGUCAUGCCUAUAAGAGUCAUGCCUGCUCGCAUCCUGAGCCACAUCUAUGUCAGGCUGGGAAACUGCAGGAAGCUGAAUUUGAGCGGAAGGCCGUACAGACACAUCGGAGUUCUGGGAACGUCCAAGUUCUACGAGAUCAGGAAUCGUUCCUACAUCUUCACCCCUCAGUUUUUAGAUCACCAUCAUUUCUACCUGGCGCUGGACAACCAGAUGAUUGUUGAGAUGUUACGAACCGAGCUGGCCUAUCUGUCAUCGUGCUGGAGGAUGACGGGACGUCCCACGCUCACCUUCCCUAUCACCCGCAGCAUGCUGGUCGAGGAUGGAGAAGCAAUAGAUCCGUGUAUCUUAUCCACGCUCAGGAAGCUGGAGGAUGGCUAUUUUGCCGGAGCAAGAGUGCAGAUGUCAGAUCUGUCCAGCGUCCAGACUACGUCGUUCUACACCCGCCUCACCUUCCUGGACGAAGAGGCUGACGACAGUUUAUUUGACGACGUAGACGACGAAGAUAACGACGAAUACAGAGCUGAAUAUAACACACCUGAUCUGGGCUCCAAGGACACAUUUGACCAGUACAUCACACAGCUCCUUCACAGCACUGCCACCAAGUCAUAUCUACCUCCCAUCCAGAGGGGGCAGCACCACAUCUUCAGCCCUGAGCACACCACCAGGGACAUCCUGUCCUUUAUGGCUCAGGUCCAAGGCUUGAAAAUGCCCAAGACUUCAAUGUAUCUUCCUGUGACUCCAAUCACAAACAAGCAUCGGAGAUCCCUGAACCUCCUUGAAGUUCCUCAUCCUCAGCCUGGCCCACAGGCAAAGCAGCCGGAGCAGCCCAAGCUCUGCAGUAUUUCUGAGCUACAUCUGCCAAGAGACUCUCAGGGCAACACCGACUUUGCAGCGCUGGUGAAUCAGAUAAAGGAGUGUCCGACUUUGCAGGACCAGGCUGACAUUCUCUACAUACUCUACGUUAUGAAAGGAGCGGAGUGGGUGGUGGAGCUGUCAGGACCUGGACAGGGCGGCGUCAGCGUCCGCUCGCUGCUCGAGGAGCUGUAUGUGCAGGCCGGGGCCUGCAAAGAGUGGGGGCUCAUUAGGUACAUCUCUGGAAUACUACGCAAGAGAGUGGAGGUCCUCGCCGAGGCCUGCACAGAUCUGAUUUCUCAUCACAAGCAGCUGACUGUCGGUCUUCCUCCUGAACCAAGAGAAAGAGUGAUCACCAUGCCACUUCCCCCGGAGGAGUUAAACACUCUGAUAUAUGAAGCCAGUGGUCAGGAUAUCAGCAUAGCUGUUCUCACACAGGAAAUCAUGGUUUAUUUAGCCAUGUACGUUCGCUCCCAGCCCGCUCUUUUCGGCGACAUGCUCCGCCUCAGGAUCGGACUCAUCAUGCAAGUGAUGGCCACUGAACUGGCCCGCAGCCUGCACUGUUCAGGAGAGGAGGCGUCUGAGAGUUUGAUGAGUCUGAGUCCGUUCGAUAUGAAGAACCUGCUGCAUCACAUCCUCAGUGGCAAAGAGUUUGGGGUUGAGAGAAGCAUGCGUCCAAUCCAGUCCACAGCCACCAGUCCUGCGAUCUCUAUUCAUGAACUGGGCCACACAGGAGCCACAAAGACUGAACGCACAGGGAUUCAUAAGUUAAAGAGCGAAAUAAAACAUCUGGAUGGCUCUCGACCUCUCAGUAGCCUAUCUCCACCAAUCACAAACGGGUCAAGGAGCUCUGACAUUAACCCAGUGUUGUGGGAAAAACUGCAGUUGCUUCUGACUUGUUUAAUGGGCUCAAAUAAGCUUGACAGUAAGAACAGUGGUGUGCUGGUCCUGCAGCGUUGCAGCAGCCCCUCCACCCCCAGUGGAAUGCUGUCCCCAGUGGGACAUGGCCCCGGAGACGGGCAGCUGCACUGGGAGGAGAGGCAGGGCCAGUGGCUGAGGAGACGGCGGCUGGAUGGAGCAAUCAACAGGGUGCCGAUGGGUUUCUACCAGAAAGUCUGGAAGAUCCUGCAGAAGUGCCACGGCCUGUCCAUUGACGGAUACGUGCUGCCCUCGUCCACCACAAGAGAGAUGACAGCAGGAGAGAUCAAGUUUGCAGUGCAAGUGGAGUCUGUCCUGAACCACGUCCCACAGCCGGAGUACAGGCAGCUGCUGGUGGAGACUGUGAUGGUUCUGGGUCUGGUGGCUGAUGUGGACGUGGACAGCAUCGGUGGAAUUAUCCAUGUGGAGCGCAUUCUGCAUUUGGCCAACGAUUUAUUCUUAAAUGACCAGAAAUCGCUCAGCGCCAGUGAUUAUUUCCUGGAGAAGGACCCAGCUACGGGAAUUUGCAACUUCUUCUACGACAGCGCCCCUAGUGGCAGCUACGGCACCAUGACUUAUCUCUCCAAGGCGGUCGUCACUUACGUCCAAGACUUCCUGCCAAGUUCCAGCUGCCUGAUGCAGUGAAGACACCGACUCCAGGCAGCUGAAUAAAGCCUGUCUGGUAGCAGAAGGGUUAAGCAGAGCUUCUAAUUUGUAACUCGUGUGGAUUUUGUUGGUGUUAAUUAUUCAGUAAGCGGUAGCUCUGGUGUACUGAUGCAGCAUCGCAGCGUUGGCAGCUCACAAAUUAUCCUUGUUUGUCUGCAUUGGGAUAGCUGUUCAAAUAUAUGUGUACAUUUUAAGCUAUUUAAAUUACACAUUUGUAACAGGGCAAGCACACGUGUCUGGUUUUAGGUCAUAUUAUAAUUUAUUUAAAUCCUUUUAAUUUAAGUGGAAACUUUAGACUACUGAACUGAUUUGCAAUUCCUCAUAAAAUACUGUGAUCAUUGUCCAAACUACUAAUUUCCCCCAAAUCAAUCAUUUAUUUCCAUUAAUUACUUUUGUUUUAUUUAUACUUAAGUUUUUGAAUUUUACUGUCUUAGUAUAAAUAAGACCGACUUAGAAUGAUGGAAAUAAAUAACUUUGUUUUUUCUUAAAAGAGAACCUUUUUAUUAAAAAAAAUUGUUUAUCGGUGUGUCUGGAUAUGAAUGUCACCCCAUAUUUAUCCAGCAUGUUGACAGUUUGUUCAUUUGUUGCAGUGAGAACAACUACUCUUGUGGUAUUAUUUUCAGGAUUAGUCUAUUGCUACUCCUUACAUAAUCCUUUGGAUAUUUAUUUCAAGCAAAAAUAAAUAAUAGUUUUGCUAAUGACUGCAGAUAGUAACAACUUUCUCAUUUGCAUUAACAAAACAGCAGACUUGACGUCUGCGCCGACCGCAUGCACCUUCAAACUGUGUCCAACAACAGAAAGGUUCAGAUCAUGGUUCGCUCUUUCUGAAAUAAACACUUUUACAACCUG